CUAAGGGUUUGCUACCAGCCACUGAUCUUCACAAGAAGAAGUGAAGGAAGAAACGGCUGUAGAGCUAGCUUGUUAGCAGCCUGUAUCUAACUAAAUAUGGCUGCUGUGCUUCCCGUCAGGCCGCCCUGCGACAGCAACCCCGCCACUCCCGGAGCACAAUCCAUAAAGGAGGAUGUAACAGAAGAAGAGUCCAAUGAUGGAAGCCAACCUCCCAAAAGACGGAGGAUGGGUUCAGGGGACAGCUCCAGAAGCUGCGACAACUCCAGCCAAGACCUCGGCCCGACAUAUUUCCCAGCAGAGAAUCUGACAGAGUACAAGUGGCCGUCAGAUGACAUGGGAGAGUAUUACAUGCUGCAGGAGCAGGUCAGCGAGUAUCUGGGAGUCACCUCAUUCAAGAGAAAGUACCCUGAUAUGGAGAGGAGAGACUUGUCCCACAAAGAGAAGCUUUACCUGCGUGAACAGAAUGUCAUCACUGAAACACAGUGUACUCUGGGUCUGACAGCUCUGCGGAGUGACGAGGUGAUAGAUCUGAUGAUAAAGGAGUAUCCAGCCAAACACGGAGAGUAUUCAGUCAUACUACAGGAGAGAGAGCGACAAAGAAUAGCUAAAGAGUACUCUCAAAUGCAGCAGCAGAAUCCUCAGAAGGUGGAGGCCAGUAAGGUUCCUGAGUACAUAAAGAAGGCAGCGAAAAAAGCUGCAGAGUUCAACAGUAACUUCAACAGGGAGCGUAUGGAAGAGAGGAGAGCUUACUUUGACCUCCAGACACAUAUCAUCCAGGUGCCUCAAGGAAGGUUCAAGGUGCUGGCUCCAGAGCUGACCAGGACGGGGCCUUACCCUGUGGCUCUUAUACCAGGACAGUUCCAAGACUACUACAAAAGGUAUUCUCCCAAUGAGCUGCGAUAUCUGCCGCUGAACACAGCUCUGUUUGAACCUCCACUGGAUCCAGACCUCCCAGCACUGGACUCAGAGCCCGACUCGGACGACGCAGAGGAUGGAAAAGAUGAAAAAAAGAAGAACUCAUCUGACAGUUCUUCAGGCAACACAUCAGACGUGGAGAGCCAGGAGGGAGGCGGACACAAGUCCAAGGCCAAAGACAGAACAUCCACCCCAGGCAAAGACGGCAGCGUGCGCCACUCAGCCUCCCACAAAGCCACCCCAGGGUACAAGCCUAAGGUCAUUCCCAAUGCUAUAUGUGGCAUUUGCCAGAAGGGUAAAGAGGCCAACAGGAGAGGCAAACCAGAGGCUCUCAUUCACUGCUCCCAAUGUGAUAACAGUGGCCACCCGUCCUGCCUGGACAUGAGCACGGGGCUGGUGAGUGUGAUCCAGACGUACCGUUGGCAGUGUAUGGAGUGUAAGACCUGCACCGUGUGCCAGCAGCCCCACCACGAGGACGAGAUGAUGUUCUGUGACAAAUGUGAUCGAGGUUACCACACGUUCUGCGUGGGCAUGGACUCCAUACCCAAUGGGCAUUGGGUUUGUGAAGUCUGCAGCAAAUCUAUUACCACACCCAAGAAGAAGGGAGGAGCCAAAACGCCUAAGAAGUCAAAGUCAGCUCAAAAAUGAUCAUCAGCAUCUUGAACCACAAAACGUUGACCAAAUUCCACACAAAUGUACUGUCAUUAUUUCAGUCAUUUACAGAGGCCGGAACAUUUUAAAAGACUGAAUCAUUAUCAUUAAUCUCAAAAGCUUGGAGAAUUAUUGAAAAACCCAGAUUAUGAUCCAGAAAUUAACAAAAUUGUCGCCCUCCUGUCAAAUACCAACAAUCAAACAUAAGAUCCUCACCUGCUGUUACUCUUAACUGAGAGGGUCUUUAAAAAGGGACAUGAAGAUAGAUUUGAAUUCUUAUUUCCCAUCUUCAAGACAAAGUGAAAUGUUUGUGAUUAUAGCUCUAAAACCCCAGAUUAGGCAUUAAAAUAGCAUGAAUUUAGCAUAGCAGCUCUGCUCUGAAAUGUUAGACUGACUGAACCUCAGACAGUUAUCAUCCAGAUGUUCUGCACUACAUCAUGUUAACUACUAACCACUAACGGCAUCAAUGUGUCCAUUAAACCAAUGAAUCCUGUAGUUUCUUAACAUUCCUGCAGAAACAAACUCAUGGGAAAUUGUUUCAGUUCAGCAAAUGGUGAUUUUGAUUCUGUACUACUGAAACGAUCAUGGUUAUCAAGAGAUUGCUGAUCAAUACAUUUUGUAUGUUUUUUUGUGUCUCAUAAACUUGAACUUAAUGAGGCAGGCCAGUAAAGAGCCGUUCUAUUUAAACACAGUCUUGUCUUACAUAUGAUGACAUGGUGCUUGUGAGCUGUUGUGAUGAAAUGUAACGGACACUGGCUGUGUGACCUCAUGAUGGCUGCAGCUGUUUUCAGGUAUUUAUGUGUGAGUUUUGUUUAUCAGAACAAAAUAUCUCAACCUUUCACUGUUGAUAAUGUAACCACUCAUUGUGAUAACACAGUCACGAUAGAACUGGCAUCUAGCAAUUACAAUCAUUCAACUGAUGGUUUUGCAAUCACCUUAAAAUAUGUUGGGUUUUUUUUAUCAUGUUUAUCUUUUUUGUGUUAUCCUGCAAUGAGCAGGUUGUUUGAGGAAUAUUUGUUGCUAAUAUUGUCAUAGUCACUGAAUUCAGAAGUGGGUUUUUUUCAAUAAAAGCAACUUUAAAAAAGUUA